GUUACGGCCUUGAACCUUACCUUGACCCUGAACAUGAGCGAGGUGGAGAAAGCACAGACCGCCAAGCCGGGCGGGGAUACCGUGUUCGGGAAGAUUCUCCGAGGAGAAAUUCCUUGCUCAUUCAUUCAUGAGGAUGAUCAGUGUGUGGCCUUCAAAGACAUGGGUCCCCAGGCACCAGUUCACUUCCUUGUGAUCCCACGGAAGGCUAUCGCAACCAUUGAGGAUGCUGGAGAGGAGGAUGAACAGAUGCUGGGCCACUUGUUGCUGGUUGCUAAGAAGGUUGCUAAGGAGCAGGGACUGGCCGAUGGCUACCGUAUGGUGAUCAACAACGGGAAGGACGGUGCCCAGUCCGUGUUCCAUCUCCAUAUCCACGUGAUGGGAGGAAGACAGAUGGGCUGGCCUCCAGGCUAAUGUUACGAGGGUCAAGGUCGCAGGGUCACGACCAUUAACAAUAACGGCUUUGAAAUCAAUUGUACUAGAUAACAACUUUUUAACCAUUUUGUUGCAGGCAAUAAGCCAAAGCCAACUGUGGCAACACUUUUGAAUACUUUGCUCUUACGGUUACCCUGUUUUAUUGUACUAUUAGGUGGCGUACUAAUGCAUACAUACGAAAUCAUGUGUUAAAUUGAUGUGGAAUACAGAGCGACCAGACGCUUGUUUUAGUGGUAGGAUUUAUUAUAUGACAGCUGUCAGAUUUUGUUUUGUUUUGUUUAGUAUUAAAGCCAAAAAUAAAUUGCUUUCCCAAGAAGAAAAGUUAUCAUUUCCAAUAAUAAAGAGAAAGAAUUAAUAAUAUCUAAGAAAUGAUGCGAUAUUUGCUCCACUUUCCACAGUCAGGUAGAAAAGACACUGACAGUGUUGUUUGUUAUGCUACUCUGUAUUUUUUUCUCAUACUUAUAUUAUUUGCUAAAUUUAGACCAGCACGGUUAGAUUUUAAAGAAGGUCUUAUUAAAGUUGUAAAACAAGUUACAAAAACAUGUUACAUAUAUCUUCUGUUAUUCCUUUAACUCUUUCACCCCUGAAUAUGCAUUUGAACUCUUCCAAUUCAAAGGUUGGAAUAGUUCAUUAUGAAAUUUCAGGAGUGAAGGAUGUAUUAGACUGUCUGUUCAUACUGAAUACUCUGUAACACAAACAGAGAUAUUGUGUUGGGGAACCAUGUUACUGAGAUCAAUAGAUCCAUAUUGUUUAUUCAGGAUUCUGAAUUACAGAAUUAAGGGUAUAUGCUGGUGCAAUUUUCUUUCAUCAUUAAAUCUUAAGAUCUAUAAA